AUGAACAUUAACAUUUUUAAUGCUCUUUUUUCAUUACUUCUAAUUGGGAAUGUUUGGUGUGCUGAAGAAUUCAAUAAUCCACCUCCAAGAUCUCUCGGUCAUGGACAUACACGUGUUGUUUCAACUCCUCAAGAUCCAGUAAUAGUGCAGCAACCAGUAUAUAUUGAAAGACCAGUCUAUUAUCCUUAUCCAUAUGAUUAUCAAUACCCAUACCCAUACCCAUACCCAUACCCAUACCCAUACGCAUAUCCAUAUCUAUACCCUUUUUCAAAAGUGGCAAAUAUCCCACCACCACCAGUAUAUCUAAGAUAUUUAUCAGCUGUUAAAGAUCCUAAUAAUGAUGAAUUAGUUGCUAAUCCAGUAAAUACUCAAAAUGGUGAGAAUGAAAUCAAAAAUUGGUAUAAUAAUGGAAUGGUUGUUGAUGAUCUACCAGGAAACCAAAACUAUGUUGAUGCUGGUAACUUUUUUAUUCCAGGUUAUAAUUUACCUGAUAAUGGAACUGUUGCUUAUGGAUCACCUUUUGUACAAAGUAGCUCUUAUAAUAACGUUAAUUUUGAAGCUUCUCAAAAUAUACAACCUAGAAAUUUAAUUCAGUUAGAUUUGAAUCAGAAUAAAUUUUUGAAUAGAAUGAGCAGUGCUCUGAGUAAUGUUAUUGAUAGAUUUGUUGGGAAUUCUACUGGAAUUGAUGAUCUUGAGAAAGAAGAUGAAGAAGCAAACGGAACUAGCAAGAAUAGAACAGCAAAUCAAAUUCUUAAUGAUGUCAUUGGAUCUAUCGAAACAGUUGUUACAAAUGUGGUUAAAUCUUAG